CACCUGGUGAAAACAGGAGUUUCCUGUUCCCAGCUCGGCGCUUUUUCGCUCGAACACAGCAGGGGCGACAUGCGACGUUGGAGAAUACCGCUGGCGGCAGCCCUAUUGAGCGGUGCGUCCGCGCUAUUCCUCUACGCGUGCACCGCUUACCGGAGAGCGGAAGACGGGGACAUGCAUGGCAGCCCAACGAUUGACUUCGAAGAUGGGUCGUGGAGAACGGCCAAAGGUACUAAAGGGAGAGGCCGGGAUGAAAAGGUGGCGUACUCGGUCAUCGUGGUGGCUUCAAACCCCCGCCCGUCCAACCUGUUUCGCGACAGGAAGAGGGUGAAAGCGCACAGCAGAGGCGUCAUAUCGGUUCGAUUCGCCGAUCCAGUCCCGCGGGACGUUGUUAGAGAUUACGCGUUUGGCGUUGCUCACGACAAGCGGGCGGAACGGCGCCUCAGGAUGAUUCACACCGCGGAUCUCGUCGACAAAGACCAAGCUCCUGAUCCAAACCAGAUGUCACACCUAAAGGCUGCUUGCGAGGAUCCUACAGAGCGGACGCUGCUGCUCGUGACGGAUGAGACGUGCUUGAACCUCUAUCUCCCCACCAAGCUCCCGGGCGCGUGCUGGUCAAACGUUGCCCGGAAUUACCCCUACAACAGACCAAGCGCCGAACAAGAGCAGAGAAACGCGUACAUUCCACUGGGUCCCCGGGAUAACUUCGCCUUCGUAUCGGCCUCCGAGAGAUCGCCCGCGUCCACCAGGCCUGUUUUGCUCAAUUUCGUGGUAGACCCCGAAACUUCCAGCCGCCGGGCACAUUUGGCGGAGGUCGUUUCCGACUACCAGGCUCUGCAUACGGACCUCGAAAUCUACGCGAGCACCACCCCAGACCUGAACGCCUCGCAGUGGAGAGACCUGCUGCUGCGGUCGAGGUUCACCGUUUCUCCUGGGGGGCACAACCCAGAAACUUUCCGAACCUUCGAGGCGCUGGAGGCGGGGUCGAUUCCGAUCAUCUCGAAGAGCGACUACACGGACCCGGCUUUCCACAAAGAAAUAAGAGUGGAGGCCUGCGGGACCGGGGAUGCCGCCUGGAACACCGUCGCCGCGUCGCCCUUCGCCCAAGCAGUGUCCGUCAACACCUGGGACGAACUGCCCGAGCUGUUGGACCGCCUGGAUGCAGAGACAGAUAGUUUCCUUGACCGCCUUCAGGCGGAUUGCGGUGAGUGGUACGACGCGCUCAUGAACAGGACGUACGCGAGCUUGCUCCACUUUGGCGACGGGUUAGAUCUGUGGCCCCAGGCAGGACCGAUCCUUGCCGACUACCGCAAGACCCCCGGGUCCGUUGGACUGCCUUGAAAAACUUGUCUUGCUCCUAGCCCCGGCCGGAAGAUUGUUUGCGGAGAAAUUCUGGCCAGCUGCAGCGUGGGUGGUCUAGGCAACGCGGCGGCCCCGUCAGACGAACCAAACGUUUUGUCUAUACCAAGAUCUCUGAAUUUUGUGACUUGAAGCGGUCCACAAAAACUGUCAUGGUUGAUGAUAUUGAUUGAAGAUCAACACCGGCCAGCGCCCAUCGUGACCCUGGGUUGGUGACGGCGCGUUAUCAAGCCUGCCGGUGGUCGCAUGCGGGCGCCUCCGAUCGGUCAAGGAGAAAAAGGGGAAGCAAUCUGGAAACCUGCGGGAGGCCCCGUUGCUGCGGAGGUAAAACAUCAAUGCUACCAGGCCCUUAUCGCGGUGGUGAGACUAGACACCGACCGCAGACGGCAGGCGAGGGGAGUGAAUGUGGAUUAUGUCAUCGGUAUGGUUGACGACAGUCAUGCUACAGAGUGGUGGCCCGCUUUCAUCAUCGAGAAGGGGUCGAUGAUACACGCCACGAGAGGGUUGUGAUGGUACUCAGUGUGGGGCACCUAGCGCAAAGAAGGAAGAGGCCAUAGAAGUGUUGUUCAGAGGUGGAAUUAAUUGGGCAACAGGUGUGGGGGAUAUGCCGAGACUGAGAGGCUUGUGAGAAGUACGAGUUGUGUGAAAUCGCGAGAAUAUCGCCUUUCGUCCCGUUCGUUCCUCGGAGGUGAGCUGCAGGCAAGCCUGCCGGAAGUUUGGAACGUCAUUUUUUUUUCCGAUAGCCGUACUUUGUCAACACCACGUCAUAUUUGCAUGUUUUUUUCGGUUGAGUUUUUCGCGUUGAAACCCCGCAAAACCUGCUGGCAUGCCUCCUCUAGUUCCAGCACGUGAUCGUUAAGUUUAACGGGGGUGCUCGGAUGGUCAGAACACCCACGGCAGAUAACUUCCGGCGUGGAUGGUAUCUGUGGAGGUGUUGUGAAAUUGAGGCAGAGCGUUUUUUCUUGCCGAACGCGUGUUGUCGAUGUCGAUUAGUCGCCUCGUUUGUUUCAUGUUUCUUGUCCACCCGUUUCAUACCAAGGCAAGGAGCCGGGUUUGAUCGGUUAAUCGCGUGCCGAUGAACGCUCUCUGGGUUCGUGGGUUUAUGGUGUAUUUCAAACUUCUAGUGUUGUUCAGGAUAUUCCUCGUAGAUAUGACUCGGUCUGAGUUAGACUCAGUUGCUGAGAUGGAGCGGUAAUGUUUGAAUUCAGUUCGGUGGUUUUCCUGCUACACGUCCUGUAUACCGUUCGCCUGCAUGUACUUGAUGUUCGACCGUAGUUGAACGAUGCCGCGAAUGAUGAGACAUUCCGCGCAUCUUUCUCCCUUUUGUACUGGUGUUUGAAGUGAUCGCUUGCUGUCACGAAGUGUCUCACGCUCUUUCCUUGAACCUUCUAGGAGAACGCUACGGUCUCUAGAGGUAUCACAGAACGGUAAAACAAAAUGUAAAUGAAUGAAUGAUCACGUUCAGUCCGA